AUGAAGCAAAAUAUUGGACGGGGCGAAUUUUCUCAGUUCCCCAAUUUGUCACAGACAAGCUGCCAGGAAGACGACGUUUCAACUUACGUUCAACAUUUAAAUGCCCUCUAUUCAGAUUUUGAAUCUAGGUUUGAGGAUAUUUUGACUAUGGUAAUACCACCGUGGAUAAUUAAUCCAUAUGGUGACAUAGAAGAAACGAAUGUCAUAAUACAAGAGGAACUGUCUGAACUAAGUACAAACGAAGAACUUAAGGUUCAGUUUAAAAACGGAUAUCAGCAAUCCUGGCUGCAAAACAACAUACCCGUUACUUAUCCCGUAUCAUGGAAUAUAGCGAAGAAAUUUUUAAUUUCCUUUCCAUCGUCAUACCUAGUGGAAAGGGGGUUCAGCGCUGUGCGAAAAAAAGAAACAGACUUUACAUUUUUAGCCGAGGAGAUUUAA